CGGGGCGCCCCCGCCGCCAUGUCCCCCCCGGCCUCGGCCGCCGCCGCCAGCGAGGGAGGCAGCAGCACGCCGGUGCCUCCGGAGGAGGAGGCGGAGGGGGCCAGAGAGGAGCAGCGGCCAGUGAAGCAGUCUCUCAGCAAGUCCCUGUGCCGAGAGUCCCACUGGAAAUGCCUGCUGCUGUCCCUGCUCAUGUAUGGCUGCAUGGGAGCCAUGACCUGGUGCCACGUCACCAAGGUGACCCGGCUGACCUUUGACAGCGCUUACAAGGGCAAGUCCAUGAUGUACCAUGACAGCCCCUGUUCCAACGGCUACGUCUACAUCCCCUUGGCUUUCCUGGUGAUGCUCUACGUGGUGUACCUGGUGGAGUGCUGGCACUGCUACACGCGCAACGAGCUGCAGUACAAAGUGGACGUGGAGAGCGUGCACGAGCGUGUGCAGCGGAUGCAGCAGGCGACCCCCUGCAUCUGGUGGAAGGCCAUCAGCUACCACUACGUCCGCAGGACCCGGCAGGUCACCCGCUACCGCAACGGGGACGCCUACACCACCACCCAGGUGUACCACGAGCGCGUCAACACCCACGUGGCAGAGGCCGAGUUUGAUUAUUCCAACUGUGGGGUUAAGGACAUCUCCAAGGACCUCAUUGACCUGGAGAGCUACCCAGCCACACGGCUCCGCUUCACCAAGUGUUUCAGCUUUGCCAACGUGGAGUCCGAGAACUCCUAUCUGACCCAGCGGGCCCGCUUCUUCACGGAGAACGAGGGCCUAGACGACUACAUGGAGGCCAGGGAGGGGAUGCACCUCAAAAAUGUGGACUUCAAGGAAUACAUGGUGGCCUUUUCCGACCCAGACAACCUGCCUUGGUACGUAUCUCACUACGUGUUCUGGGUGGCAGCUCUGCUCACCCUCUCCUGGCCCCUGCGGGUGCUAAAUGAGUACCGCACCUCCUAUGUCCAUUACCACGUGGAAAAACUCUUUGGGUUCGACUACGUGGCGGUGACGCCGGCUGAGGAGCGCUCCUUCUGCCGGAGGAUGCCCCGUGUCAACACGGUGGACAGCACCGAGCUGGAGUGGCACAUACGAUCCAACCAGCAGCUGGUGCCCAGCUACUCGGAAGCGGUCCUGAUGGAUUUAGUGGGGCUCUCCGGCUGCACCAGCUACUCCGCUUGCCGCUACGGGGGCUACCGGCAGAACUGCGAGCGGUGCCACAGGACUAUAAGCAGCUCCUCCAUCUUCUCCCGCAGUGCUCUGAGCAUCUGCAACGGCAGUCCCAGGAUUCCCUUCAGCAGCAGCCGCUUCUCCCUGGGCCGCUUGUAUGGCUCGCGACGCAGCUGCCUCUGGCAGAGCCGGAGUGGCAGCCUGAACGAGCAGAGCUGCCCCACUGAGCAGACACGCCUCUCCAGCCAGGUGACUGUGGAGGAGGAAGACCCCCCUCCUUACCAGGAUGCCCUCUAUUUCCCCGUCCUCAUUGUACACCGUAACGAAGGCUGCCUGAACCACGACCACCGUCACCUCCACCGCAAUGGGUCCUGCGUGGAGACCUCACUGUGAAAGCAGAAGGCGGUGAGAUCUCAUUGUCCAUUGCCUGGCCCGAGCCAGCGCAGGAUUUGGGGAGAGGAGCACAAGGGGGAUAGCCUAGGAGGACAUCAGGAUGGAGUGGACAUGGCAUCCUGCCCUGGCAGCCAGCAGAAGCUUCCCCCGCCGUGGCUCUGACCUCCCAGAGGGGUGGAUGCUGAUGCUCCCCCUGACAUGGCACAGAACUCUAGACCGAUCACCACAUGCAAAAAAAAAAAAACAACAAUUCAACCAAACCACCUGCAAAACCAUAAUUCAUGGUAUCAAGACCCAAAGGGGGGAAUAAAAUGACAGGCCUGAUGCAGGGAGGGGGUGGCUGGCUCUGGGCUGGCUCGUGCUCCAAGGAACCAGCAGCCGCCCAAAAGCACCCUGCUGCACCUCCGCACACCCUGCUUCCCACGCUGGAGCGAGACCCCUCACAGGGUGGAGGAGAACAUCCCCUGGGAGCAGGGUGUCGCUGCCUGUGACAGAAGGUUAUGGGUACCCAGGCACAUGGAGCUGAGUGCAGGUUAGAGCAAAGGCUGAAAGCCACGAAUCCGCCUCUUCCCCUUCCCCCCUGACCAUUCCCCACCCUCCCCACUUUUUUUUUUAGACCAUGCUCCGACUGUUACUUUGUUCUCACUGCUGGGAAUGGCAUUGCCUCCAGAGGAUCCCAGGCUCAGCUCCUUAGGAAGCGUCGGUGUGCCAGCUGUGAGUCAGCACCCCCUUGGUAAAGGGUUUUCUGUUUGGGCGUGCAGCACCGGGCAAGGGAUGAAUGUGCAAAUCCAGAUGGAGCAGAGAUCUGCAGCGCUACUGAUGUGUUUGCUGGAGGAGGGCUCAGCUGGAAAGAGAAAACGAGAGGCCCCUGGUGAGCUAGGGAAGGGGAAGAGGAUGGCACUGGGACAGACAUCGUGGUAUCAGGUGGCACAUCAAGUGGCUGGGGACCCUUCCUGGCUUUCAAGUGAGUCCUAAUUGGUUCAGCCACGCAGCAAGGAAGUCUCUGGUAGGUUCAGCUGCAGUUCACCUAUUGAUAAUGGAGCAGCAGGUUGGUGUAUGUCUGCACGAGUGAAUUUUGCAUGAGAUCCAGCUGGGCUCUGGCUGUGGACUCUGAGCUGCAGGAUCCUGGGAGCCUCAUUUUGCCAGAGAGCUCUGAGGGGAUAGGAGGGACAAAUGCAAAAGCAUGCUGGAGCAUUGGGAACUUUGGCUGGGGAAAGGAGGAUCAAAAGGAUUCCAUUUCUGUUGGACCCCACUAUUGGUGCAGGAGGCAUCUGCCAGGACAUGCUCUGCAGAACAGAGAUCAGGGAUAUGUUAAAGGAGAACCUGAUUAAAACUAAAUCUGUGGCAUGACAGAGGUUUUUGCAGGGAGGUGUCAGGCUGUGAGAAGUGAGGUUACUUUUGUGUUGCCCAUUAGCUACUGGGUUCUUCUGCCUUGCUCUUGUCGGGGCAGGCUGGUCUGAGCUUUGUGCUGCCCUUUCUACCACGCUGGAAAGGAUCUCAGUGACAUUGGGCAAAGAGCCUUCUUGUCACUGGAGCUGCAACAGUAUUUUCAGCAUGCAGACACCCAGCUUUUCCUCCUCCAGCAACACAUCCCCAGUUCUCUUGCGUCCUUGUUCUCAGAAAAGCUGUCUCCUUUUCCGUCAGCUCUUUGGGGAGUGCAUGCCAAAUCAGCCAGCCGUUUCUCCAGAUAGCACUACUCCUUAGCUUCACCCUGCUUCCCUCAUCAGCUGUGGCAAACAAAAGCUAAGGGCAGCAUGUCUUGGGUGACAAGGGCAAGUCCAUUGGCACCUGGGCAUUUGUGCUUGGUGUCUGCCUCCCCAUCUGUCACAGAAGGGCAAACAGUGAGGCGCUGUUUGCCACACAGCCAUCUUCCUCCUGCCAGCUAUUAAUGAGGGGUCUGUCUCUCUCAUCGUGCUGCUGUACUGCUUUGCCUCCCAGGUCUUGAGGAGGCUGCAAAUGCACCCAUGUACACACCAGUCCUCUUUUGAAAGUCAUCUCCUGCUGGCAAGCCUGGAGUGGUCAGCACGUGGGCAUUGUAGGGUUCCACUCUUCGUUUCCCCCAGAGCAGUCUGUUCUGCUCUUUAUGCCCUGCAUAUCUUGCUUAAUGUCUUUUGCCCUUCAAGUCACCUUGUCCUGCUGGAUCUUGGGUGCUAAACUACGAACAACAGUGGUUUGAACAGGAAAUCUCUUAAAAUCUCAUUCUGUUUAUGAUUCUGUCUUAGCAUCUGCCCUUGCUUUCACUACCAGAGCUAGAUGUUGGCUUUAAGAAGAGGGUCCCUUGGACGAUGGAGAAGCAUAAGGUCUCUGGUGCAGGCACAUCCCUCUCUGCAUUUUGUUCUCAUUAUUUUUGGCAUAGAUUCAGACUGGGCGAAAGCAGCCCUGGGAUUUCCUUGCUUAGUAAUGACAUUUGGCUUGCUGUGCACUCGUGCUUCUCUCUCCAAGGGCCUAAUGUAAGCCAAGGCCAAUGUGGAGUGUGCUCCUGACUCCAGGGAGAUAAUGGUGUGUGCUUGUAUGUCCCACUGAAUUGAGACAGUGGAGCUGCAAUGGGUCAUUAGUGAGGAAUGAGGUCCCUGCUUGUCCUUCCUGACAUUUUCUCUUUGAAAUCUCCUGCACAUUGCUUAAAUUAGGCUGUAAUGGCUCAUCUUUCUAUCUCCAGCCUCCAAGGUGCCUUGGACAGAUGGAUUUAUCUAAGUUUUGGCAGGCCUUUAAGCUCCCUGGGGCAAAGACAGUCUUCACAAUAGGGACAGAUUAGCAGGGUCUCUGUGCCCCCCAGCUUUUAGCACCUGCAGCAGAGUUUCAGGCACUGUAUCCUCAGCUCUUUCUCGGGCUUUCCAUAAGAAAGCCUUGCCUUGUUCCUCUGGCUCCAUUUUCACCUAUGAAAUCUUAUUCUGGAGGUGGUUUAUCCAGGUGGACACAUGGAUCUUCGAGGCACAGCUGUUGUUCUGACCCACAGGAUCCAUACAGUCUUCCUGUUGCUGAGCACCUUCCCCAGCUGCAGCCAGGUCCCAGCUGUAGUCCCAAUGCUACUGUCUGUGGCUAGUCCAGAGCCACAGUACCCUGAGAAGUGAGACCUCUCUAGUGUUUCCCACUGCAUGCCAGGAUUUCUCAGAGAUCCCAUCUCUCAUAUUCCUGGCCCUGCUACCCAAAUGCACUUGCUAGAACUGCCUCCGUAGUCCAUCCUAUUCCAUUCUCUAAAGAGUGGAGACAUGCCUCAAGCUCAGGAAAGGGGAAUUCUGCACUUGGACAUGGUAGGGGAGCAGGACUGGGCAGGAGCUGCCUGGUGGCUUGACCAGUGGUGGAGCUGAAGAGGAGAGAGUGAAGGUAGGGUUUGUCCUGGCACAUCUAGUCAGGCAGGAAAGUUCGGAGCAGAAAACUGGGCUCUCCCUUCUGUCUCCUGGCGUGGGGCACUACUCCUGGCAUGGGACACUACUGGCAAAGAGGGUUUCCUCCUAAGUGUUGGUGAGAGACCACAGUGCCCUGGGCCAAGGGCAGCUGCUGUAAUACUCCUUAUUGCUCAGGUUACGAGCAGAGAUACCCAGACAUGGCCUGUCCCUGUUCUGGUCCCAUCUCCUGGCACACACACCUCACCCACCACGGCUCUGGGCUGUGCAGCAGUCAGGUGUCUGCUCUUCCUGAGACUUGUGUCUGCUCUCUGCUGCAUCCACGUUGGUGAUGGCGAUUCCUUUGGCAGGUCAUUCGAUAGCCCAGUCUGCUCCUCUCAGGAUAAUCCUCUCCCUUUUAUCUAACCUGAGUUCUCCCUGCUCUGUCUUAAUCCCAUUACAUCUCCUCCUUUGACUGGUGAGUCUCAUUGGCUCUGUUCCUUUUCUUCAUGGCCUUCCUGACACAAGUAGGCCAGUUAUCUGUAGCCUUCUCUUCACCAAUCCCAGAGUCUUGAUCUCACUUGCCAGACCCUGGCUUAAGUGAUGGUGCAGAAGUUUUCACUGUGUAGUGAGUAUGUCACUCCGGCCCUGAGCCUGGCCUGGGCAGGAGGGCCAAAGGUGCAAGCAGUGCCUUGGUCUGUCAGGGUGGCUGUGUCCUCAUUUCUGGUGCUGAAGAUCUCUUCAAAGUGAGCAGAGUAUACAGAGCUUACACAAGGAAAGCAGGACAGCACGCAUCACCCUCUGGGAAGGUUGAAGCUGGGUGCUUGUCAGUAUGAUAGGGGCAAUAACUAGGAGGAUUUCUGCAGUCAGAUGGCUUUGGUUUUUUCCAUACAUCGUUCAAACAUUGCAGUUCUCCAUGGGCUGAGAAUCAGGCUCAGCAUUGCACUUAGCAGCAGACUUUCCUCAUAUACCAGAAGGAGGGAGGCAGUAGUGCUACCAGCUCCUCUGCGUGGCCCUUCAUGGUGCUCAUGCAAGCCAGAAGAGGGCUAGUCCUUACUGCUGCAAGGCUGGAGAAUUAGUUUGGGCUGUUUGGUGUUUCCCGUUGCUGUCAAUAUACUUACCAGGUACUUGAAAGCUCUCCAGCUUUUCUGAAAUAGAGAAAGAAAGAGAGAAUUGUGUGAUAAGCUCUGAAUUAGCUGAUCAUAAAGACACAUCACCACCUCUUUAUCUAUCUUUCAGCACAGUGGAAGCUUCCCACAUAGUGCCUGGCACCUUGUGAGAACCAGUCGAUUACACCAACCAGCCAAGUGGUUGAGAGGGUUCUUUUAGCCCUCUGUGUGCAAUAUCUCACUCCACACCAAGGACGGGGGUUUCAGAGAGGACUGUCAGGGAGAGCAGCUGUAGGGGCAUUCGAUAGGAUGGAGGAAUGGAAUCUGAGCCUAUGGUCAAGGCCAGGCCUUCCAGGCAGAUGCAGUAUUAAGGCUGGAGAAGCUGUUGUUCAUCUGUUAUCAAACAAAUGCACCCCCAUUCCUUUCUGCUCCCCAUAAAAUGCACAUUAGAGAUCUAGCUGGUCCCUGCCAUCUUCGUUGUCUCUUCACUCGAAAGGCUGCAGAGUUGUUUAAUAACUGAUGGAUGCCCAUGGGGUGAGAACUGCAGGAAAAGAUUUAUUAAGUGGAAGUUUAAAAAAGUUAGAUAGCAUCUGAUACCUGUAAAACAGCACCUGCUGCUUAGCAGGUGGGAUGAAUAACGCCUUUUAAGCUCUCCUUUCAGCUUUUCCAACCACAGCUUCAGUACUGCUGUCUAAUGUCACCAGGGUGCUGCCUUUAGCAGGGUACAGACUUUGCUGCAGUGUGCUCCUACUCUGCUGCAGUCGCUGUAGGGGCUGGGUCUGAAAUGCUACAGCACCACCAAGAUGUUGUGUUACCAAAGAGCUGUGAGUCUCAAGUUGGGAUAUGUCCUUCUGAUCAUGUUUCAUUCAUAUUCAGUGGUUAGAAUAAAGUCUGUAGGAAUAUGAUCUGGGUCCAGGUAAUGUCAGAAAUGAAACAUAGUUUAAAUGAUAGCUCUGUCUGGUGCUGCUGCCUCCUGUGGUGCACUUGAGUCUAUACUUUCCACUGAGCCAGGUAUGCAUGGGGACCAAAGGAUGGUCCAUAGGACCUGGGACCCCAGUGGGACUUGGGGCUGAGCCUGCCUAGGGCUGUUUCCCUGUGGGCAUUCUGGAAAAAGUGGAAAGGGGUCACAGUCACACUUCAGGUAGAAAUUAAUGGGCUGUGUUCAUUGCUAGUGUAAUUUUACUGAACCCAGUGGUACUAUACUGAUGUGAGGUUGGCUUAGUAGCUCCUCAGAGGGGUCUGUCCUUGAGUCCAGAAAAAUUGGUCUGUCACAGUGUUGCUUCGAUGCAUAGAUUUUGUGUUGGGACUUGGCCAACAUGAAUGAAUGUUGAAUAUCUGUAGUUUGUACAAGCAGUGGGUUGAAUUGUUCUGCUCUACUGCCUCUAUCACAGCUGCUCCGCCAAGGGGAACAUUAUGCCCAUGGAUGUGAUCUCGUCAACUCCCUCAAAAGCAAGCUAACAAGCAAAUUGACUUCCACAGCACCUCCACAGCACUGGGAGAGGAGCCUUCUCCCACAGGACCAUAGCCUUUCUGCCUCUGAUGUAAAAGAGGUCCCAAGGACAGAACUGCAAGACCCAUGGCCUCGUGGCCUGCCCUUCCUCCUUCCCUCCUUACCUCAUGUCUCUCUUGGGGGAGGGACAGUUUCCCUGUGGAAUUCAACAAGCUCCUCUUCCUGCGGCUCGUAAACAGGCUCUACUAACAGGUAUAUCAUCCACCUAUGCAACUCUUCAGAAGCUGCCAGAUUUUCUUUCAGGAGCCCAUUACAAUGUGCAGCAUGGCCAUCCAGCACUGAGAAUAAGCACAGCGGCUGCUGGAAAGCUAAGUGGGUUUUAUUCCUCCCCCAUUCCCCAGGAAGACUCUUUUUGUUGGGCCAUUUUGUUUGUUCGUUUGUUUGGUUUUUGUAAACUUCAUUUGGGGGAAAUUAAGAUGGUGAGAAACUGGUGCCCAUCCUGAACCCUCCCCAGUCCUUCGAACUCUGUGAAUGGAUGGAUCACCUACUGUGAUUAUAAUUUAGUGGAUUUUGUAGAACAAAAUAACUUCACACACAGACACAUGAGGUUCUUUCACUCUCCAUCAGCACAAGCUGCUUCUGCAAUCUUAGCUACUCACUUUAGUGAAAGAAAAAGCCUAGCUAGAAUGUGGUGAGAUGACGUAGUACUUUGUGUCAGUCCCAUGGUCCCAACGUCCAUUAGCAGCGCCGUCAGCUGCCGUGACAUGAAUUCAGACUUUGGAUGGCAGCCCAUGAACCAGUCAGGGUGAAAAUUUGGAAAAUCCCAAGCCUGAGUCUAUGCACAUUUCCAGAAGCAGAUGCAGAGGGCGGAUCAGCUGAAAGCAGGCAUCACCUCCUGCUCAGCUCUGGCAGAACCUGGUGGGCUCUGUUUGUGCUGCACCUGCCCCCAGGAAGAGCCUGUCCCCAGGGCUGAGCAGAGUGUGUCUGAUGGAGCAGCGCUGCUCAGCUGACUGGGGAAACAGCAAUGACAACCCCAAAAUAACAGGAUUUCACUUUGGGAACGCCAAUGGCUUUUUCAAACUGAAAUGCGACUAGAAGGCCUUAACAGCUGGGAGAAGUUUCACAUUGCUGUUCCUUGCUUUAAAAAAAAAAAAAAAAAACAGACAAAAAUUUGAUGAUGAUGUGAGUUUAAACUCUCCACUCCUUCCAUCUCUGUAAGUAAUGUGCUGUGCUGGUGGAGAAGGAAUGCCCAAGUCAGAUCAGGAUGGUGGCCCUGUGGCUUUGCAGUGGGGUAGGUUGAUGAGGAAUGGAGGCCAGAGUUUGAAAUCUUUCUCUGCCCCUGGGGGUGUGACAUGCCAUCGACUCAGACGUAGCAGGGUGGGGUUCUGUGUGCUCGUGCACAGCUGGGAUCUGUGGCCCUGCAGAGGGUUGAUAGGGCUGUGGCUUUGGUGUGGUGACACCAUCCACCUUGCAGCAAGGGCUUUUCAGGGUGACAGAGCAUUGCUUGUUCUCAUGAGGGGAAACUCCUGACCUGGUUUCUGUGAGGAGAUGGUGUGAAGUGUCACAUUUGCUGCAGCGAGUGGCAGGGAGCAGGGAUAAAAGCAUGGAGCAAGCUGUGUUUGAGAACAAGCUAAUUCAUUACUGGCUGCCUGAAACUGGAGAGCUGCCGGAUCUGCUCCCUGGACAAUGCUUUCCAGCUCUUCACACUCUCCCCAAACCUGAUGUGCAAACUGUCAUUCCUCUGAGCUAGCCAAAGCACUCCCCUCCCCUGAACUCCUCCGAGACUGUGCAUUCUCAUCAUUUUGGUCCCCUCCCUGCUGGGUGCCAUGGGCCAGCCAUGAAAUGCCAGCAGAUGCAUGAUGGCCACAGGCAUGCUGGUGGCCAGACCACACCGUGCCCUGCCUGUGCACAGCCUCCCAGCAGUGCUCCCUGCCCUGGCAUGCCCACUGCUUGCUUGCUUCAGAGCAACCGCAGCACACCCUGGCAUCACUUUGGCAUCACUCUGUGCUUUCCCUGAGAAUUUUGCAGCGCUCAUCCUAAGCUAGAAAACAGAAGGCCUUGAUGUUUUGGCAGUCUUGGUCUCCAGACCAGGGAGGAGAGGAGAGGCAGGUCAGCUGUUGUGGCAGUGUGGGACCAGGGGACAGCAUCGUGGUGAAAUGUUGCAGGACGACGCGGGCUCUGUGCUUCUCCACUGGGGCUGAGGGCAGAUGACAAAGGGCAGAAUAGGAUGUGAAUGCUCAGCAAGACAUGGGAGGAUGAGAGCUGUUUGAGAACAGCUGUAAAAACCUUUGCAAAGGUGGUGGCUUUUACAGGAGACAGAAGGCAAAAUGGGGCAGGAGGAUGUGGUGCUGGAGCAACGGUGCUGCAAGGCAAGGAGGGUGGGGGAGAAAUGGAACAGGGAAUUUGAUAGAGAAGCUCUGGAAUACAGUGGAUUUUCAAAGCAAUCUGUGCAUGCUCUGGCUGAGGAGAAAGGCAGGAGGUAUUCCUGAGCUGAGGUGCCCAGGCCAUGUCUUGCUGCAUUGUUGGAGCAGCAAUGUUGCCUCCAAGCCCAGCACUGACAGCUUGAGCACGUGUCAUCAACCACGAUGGCUAACGCAGCCACAAGGUGUAAGUGUCACUAAUGGAUAAAUUGCCUUGUGCCUUGGAGGGGCUAAUCCAUCACGGCCAGAGACAGGGAUCUGACAAGCCUGGCUAUUUCAGGCAUACCCUGUAGGGAGGAGGAACACUUCGUUUCUGAGCCAUCCAGAAAUGUCUCCACCUAGAGAAGUUGAUGCAGGGCUUGGCUCUGCGCCACUUCUCAUCUUCCCAGCCACAUGAGCUCAGGCUUCAUCCCUCUUCAAUGCAGCUGAAGAAGCAUGAAAGGAUCUAGAUUAGCCAAAAGUGCCCUGUCAGCAGAGUGGUACAUGGGGUAGCUGGUGAUUGAGUUUGGAGGGAAGCUGCUGGACACAGGGCACAGGUGCUGUAGGGGUGAUGCAAUACAGUGGUGGUCCCCAGUGACUGGGAGAGCUUGUGUUAGUUGUCUGGGUGUGUUUCAGGCCAGGAGUUCUUGGCACUAUGCUUUAGAAGCGUGCUGUUUCCUCCUCACCCCACUGUGCUGUCCCAGAGGCAGAGCACAGGACCCCCAUUUUCAGGACCCCCUGUGCUGUUGAACCCCAGCCACCAGCACCUUGGCAGAUGCAGAGGGCCAGCAGGUACCAAAUGGGCAGGGACAGCUCAGCCUAGACAAAUCCAGCUCCAUAGGAGCAAAGGGAGGAUGAACACAGCAACCAUUUCUGUGCACAGCCUCUGCUCAUCAUUGUGGCAGCCUGCUCCUCCUCCCCAAGUCGGUGCUCAAAAUCAAUCUGCCACCCUGUUUGUGACAUAUGCCAGUGUGACACCUUGCAAGUCGAUGCCUGGGUCUCUGAGCCGAAGCUGCCAGGCUUGGGAAGCUGGCCACUGUCUCCUGCUGCCGCGUGCGCUCUGCUCAGAGCAGCGGAAGCCGGGCUCGCCAUCUGCUGUGGGAGGGAGCCAGCCGGGUGUCCCUGCUCCAGCCUGAUGGGACACCCGCCGGCACAGCCCCAGAGCAAGCCCUCGUGGCAUUCCCCCGUCUUUACCUUCUGGCCACCCCUGUCUCUCUCCAUUGCUGGCACAGACCCAUGGGUGAGGGUGCUCCCAGCUUGGCUCUGCUGAGUGCUGCUGAUGCUGCUGCGCUGGUGGGUGGUGGCAGUGCCCAAACUCAUUCCCUUCUCCAGAUGGAGGCCCACAAAUGACCCCCUCUUCUCAAAGCCUGACAGUACUCCUUGGAGAUGGAUCUCAUGGGAGAGCUAAGCUGUCUCUUCUGGCCCUGCACUCAGCACAGAGUGACCAGCUUGUUACCCACCCUGUGGUAGCUGGACCUAAAGCUGACAAGUGACCCACCAGCAGCAGAAAUGUUCACACUCCAACAGUCUGCUGUUGCUGUCUGGCCAGAGUGUGUGGCAUUUGAAAUGGUUUUAACCCUUGCAGACUGGCAGAUAGUUGACUGUUGGUCUUGGCUGUGGGCAAGUGGUGCAAGCUGCUUGGUUUGAACUAAGCUUUUUGGCCAAGAGAUUGAUGGGAGAGAGAGCAAAGAGUUUCUCCAGGAAACAGUUACCUAUCCAGGCAUUCCUGCAUGUGGCUGCCCAGGAGUGGGUUUGAAGGGUGCUUAAGAGGUGUUAAGAGUCUCAGCUGUUAGGAGGAAAAUAAGCAGUGAAUAUCCUGGAAAGCAAGUCCGAAGUUGUUCUGGUGAUGACAUGUUUUCCCAAGCCCUUUUCUUUCUGUCCCUUGUCCUCACUGGCUCUGGUGGCCAAUUCCUCCUCAUGUCUGCUAGCAUGUCUGCAGGAUCUCAUUGCUGCCCACCAAGCAUGAGCUUUCAUUGCACAACCGGCUGACCAGCUGCAGCCUGUCCUUGGAGCUACAGGCAGGCUUGCCUAGGACCAGGCCACCCCCAUUAAACCCCCACCCUCGCUGCUGGAGCUGUUGCUUCAUCAGCCUGAUGCUGAUCUGGGUCUUUUCUGCUAUUUCUGAACAUGAGUUCUCAUCUCAUUGAGGUGUGUCAUCCAGUGAAAAUAUUUUGUAAAUGCAAAUAAAAAUAAAUAAGUAUAUUCAAUACCUCGGUCUCGAGGAUGGGAAACAAGUAGUGGGAGAUGCCCAGGUAGGGAGGUUUCACAGCUGCUACUGCUGGUUAGGAAUUCUUCUGGACGUAGCCGCUGGAGCAUCCAUCAAUAGUUGGGAAGGGAGCUACACAAACCUGUGAGGGCUUGGGGCUGAGCCCUGUCAGCACCCCCUGUGUGGCCCCUGCUGUCAGGGCAGCCUUGUACUCCAUCCUUUCUGAUCUACGUGGGCGUGACAGGGUGCAGGUGAAGGUCCUGUCAGCCAGGGGCCAGUGGCACUGUCGGUGUCUGUAUCCAUCAGGCAGGGCAAGGCAGAAGCGGGUACGUGGUGAAUAAAUUCUUUUGUGAACACUGGGAAACGGUUUUUACUUUUCAACUCUGUCAAUAUGAUCUAGCUCUGUCUGUCUCUCUAUAUAUGUACAAACAGUAUAUCACAAUGUUGCCUUUUUUGUUGGAAAUAUCAAAGUACAAAGAUUGUAAACCAAAUCGGUGUAAUAAAAGUUUCAGAUGAUUCACUGA